CGAAGAAGAAUAAGCCAUGUUGCUAGCGAGAGUGGGGAAAAACAAACAAGACAAAACCUGAAAGUCGUAUCGACUGGUGGCAGUUCGAUACUGAAGUCUGAGGAUUUUAUUCAGUGGGAGCUACGUUGAAAAUAUAGAAAAGCCACGAAUACUGGACAUACGAGAGAAGAGAAACAUAUUUUCAAAGAACGGAAAGCGGAUGCUUAGCGAAAAAUAACUCCUCCUAUUUCUGGUGGUGACUUCACUUCAAUGCAGGUGGCAGUGAACUUAGCCAGCUAUAUAUCGUUAGCUUCGCCGCUAGAUAACUUUAUAUAACUUUGAAUAUCAAGUUGAAUAUCAAGCGACGGUUCAUGAGCAAGUAGCUUAGCUAGCUAACUCGCUUAUUGGUUAUCUAACUGAAGUUAUUUUAAGGCCACUUGCGUCUUGACUGUAAGUUGGCACUGUGAGGUAUUCAUUGUCAAACUAGCUAACGUUAGUAGCUCGUUAGUAGCUCGUUAGCAUGCGAGUUCAACCACAUAUCAGCAGGUAGCUAGCAUUAGCAAACCACUACGGAAACCACUAUUUGUAUUUUUAACGGAGGAUUUCCCGGCGCUAAAAUUGGAAUUGUUAUAAGUGAACCCGUUCUCUCAAACCAAAUCAGAACAAUGUUAUCGAACGCUCAGAACCAGAACCAACCGGCCUUUCCGAACCAGCAACAACAGCAAGCGCCAAAUCUGAACUCUGCCCCCUUUCCAGCGUUUUUCGUCAAACCCCACAACCCUCUACAAAUUAAAAAGAAUGCCAUAACUGACGACUACAAAGUUACAAGUCAGGUCCUUGGCAUGGGCAUAAAUGGGAAAGUAUUGGAGAUAUUCCAAAAAGGAAGUGGAGAUAAAUACGCUCUGAAGAUGCUGCAGGAUUGUGCGAAGGCUCGUCGGGAGGUAGAGCUGCACUGGAGGGCGUCGCCCUGUUCUCACAUCGUACGCAUCAUGGAUGUCUACGAGAACCUCUACCAGGGCAGGAAAUGCCUGCUCAUCGUCAUGGAGUGCAUGGAUGGAGGUGAGCUGUUUAGCCAUAUUCAAGACCGAGGGAACCAGGCAUUCACAGAAAGAGAGGCCUCUGACAUUAUGAAGAGUAUAGGUGAAGCCAUCCAGUACCUGCAUGCCAUUGACAUUGCUCACAGAGACAUCAAGCCAGAGAAUCUGUUGUACACCUCCAAAAGGCCAGACGCCCUCCUCAAACUCACCGAUUUUGGGUUUGCCAAAGAAAUCACCACACUCAACUCCCUGGCAACGCCAUGCUACACCCCCUAUUAUGUUGCUCCUGAGGUUCUUGGUCCAGAGAAGUACGACAAAUCCUGUGAUAUGUGGUCUCUGGGCGUCAUCAUGUAUAUCCUGCUGUGUGGAUAUCCUCCCUUCUACUCCAACCACGGCCUUGCCAUCUCCCCAGGGAUGAAGAGACGCAUCAGGAACGGACAGUACGAGUUCCCCAACCCAGAGUGGUCUGACGUUUCUGAGGAAGCCAAGCAGCUGAUCCGCCACCUGCUGAAGACUGAGCCCACCCAGAGGAUGAGCAUCACAGAGUUCAUGAACCACCCCUGGAUCAAUCAGUCUAUGGAGGUCCCUCAAACCCCUCUCCACACCAGCCGUGUGCUGCAAGAGGAGCAUGACGUCUGGGAGGAGGUCAAGGAGGAAAUGACAAGUGCCCUGGCAACCAUGAGAGUGGACUAUGAGCAAGUCAAAAUCAAGACCAUCGAGGACUCGACCAAUCCGCUGCUGAUGAAGAGAAGGAAGAAGGCAAGCCAUGCAGCCACUGAAACACCGGGCCUGUGAAACAAAGACACACACACACUCACUCAUGUGGUGAAGGAUAGCUAAUAGGACAACCAGAGAUUGUUAAGGGGUGAAAGUCAGAAUCUCAAGAAAUAUAAUGUUUCCAGUUUUGUUUUUAACUUCAUUUUUAGCAGUUUUAUUCUCUCUUUUUUUUAACAUUGCCAUUGAAGCUAUUUUUUUGCCUUUUUUGUCUGCAAAGAGAUCAGAUGUUUAUCACAUGGUGGGUAUUGUUGUUGUUGAUCGCUAAAUGCGGACCAACAGCACUGUAACUAAUUCAGUAUCUGACCCAUCUCUGUUCUGUUCUGUGUUCUUCAUGGUUGAUUCCCCUCAGUAUUGGCCACAUGGUUCUCAUGAUGGUACUGUCAUGGGUAAGUAGCUGAGAGACCAUGGAAACAUCCAGUUAUACUGUGGUUACCCCUGCUUUAAGGACAUGGCUAUGUCUAUAAUCUUUUUUCCUGCUAUGCACUGGAAACACUACCUGUUCUACCUGUGCACUGAAGGGCCGCGUUAGUUAACUCUUCACAAUGGGGGAAGCAACAUUUUUUGUUUGUAUAAUUUUAUGUUUUUUUGUUUAUUGCUUUAGUUGUCGUUCGUUGUAUAUACUUAUUCACACCUCACACCAACGGUAUUAAUUUUCUAUUUGUUGUGUGGGACUUUUUGUUUGCCAUGAACCUCUUUGCUUUGUUUUAGAUUGGACUUUUGAAUUGUAUGACCGAAAUUGAAUGUGUUUUCAUUGUUGGUUGGGUUUGAUUUCUUAGCCAACACACCUGUAGCCAGAGCUAUAACCACCAUCAUUAGAGUGGACUGACUGAUUAGAAAGAAAGACUGUGUGCCUUGAGGACAUUGGGCCGAAUCCUUACUUGAGACCUGUGCACAUAGCCUAACUUUUCACACACCUCCCAUUGACGUUAUGCAUGAUUGACACAAAUUUAAGGUUUGUGCACUAAUCUCAAAUUUGGAUUUUUCCUAAUGUGAUGACAGUGAGGGAAUAUUCAAGCCACCUUGUGGUAGACAAUAGCACAGGGACAUUAUGUUAUCCAAUAUCCACCCCAUAGAAUGAGCUCACAAAAGCCCCACAGUCCAUAGAUGGUGUAGCCCAUGUCACGUCUAUCCUGAUGAAAGUCACAGAUUAAUGCUCAUUGCACUUGUUUGAAUAUCUUAUCACUGAAUUCCCACUAAUGAACUCUACAACAUCAGUGUCACUAGCUAUCAUUUUCCACACAUCAGCAAUAGUGUUCAGGGUUUCUGCUGUGUUAGGUGAUGGGGAACACUGAGGGUUAGGCCACCAUUGUAAUGCAUGGGGACAUGGCGGUACACAUAUGAAAUGUAGCACAUCUAGUCUCAGACUGCUGUACUAAUGUCCUUGCUGUCUUUUACUGUGGAUUAAAACUCGUACAAAAUCGCC